GCUUACGUGACUGUAAUGACCCUCACAAGCGCACACAAUUGAUUGGCAGCUGUUGCAAUGAUGGGCCCAAACAUAGGUUGUUGAAAUAGCACUCUAAUUCUCACUUCAACAAUUGCAGCACAUGGUUGGCAGACGCAUCUCUGGAUGUGUUCCCGGCAUCCUAGACCCACAACAACCCGGUCGUCUUCUCCGUCGUCUCUCCUCUAGCCUGUCGUUUGCCAGUUUCGAUCCUCGCGUCGCUUCUUCCCAUCAUGCGUUGGAUCUGCGAACCCUGUCGCUAAACGAGCAACUCUAUAGGCCUAAACGAAUCGUCAUCGAGACGACAUCCUCCGGAGAGUCAUGCUGGCGAUUUGUCCCCAACGCGCGACGCGAUCCAGGAGUUCCAGAUGAGGGUCAGUGGCCGAGAGUUGUCGAUAUUUGCGGGGACGUCGUGGAAUGUACCCAAGACCAGUGGGACAUCUACAAGCUCGAUCCGGCGUACCAUUGUCUGGUCCGAGCCCUUCCCGCUUUGACGACGAUUACCCUUGCUCCUCCUCCGUCAGAAUAUGCCCCGCCGCUGCGUCCUUCGGGCGUCAAACACCGCCUGUCGUCACCAGAGCCUCACCCAGACAUGCCACCUGCCAAAGCGCCCCACAUCGCUCACGAAAGCGAUGAAGAAGCGGAAGUGGAGAUGAUUGUUGACGACGAUGGUAGCUUGGAUGUGCCUUGGCGAUCUGUGGAUCCUGGGCGUCUGGGGAAAAGAUACCGAGAGGAUUUAGAGAAGAAUCGGAAAGAGCGACGGGAGAAGGGUGCCCGUCGCGUUGAAAAACUCUCUGCUGAAUUGGGAGCUGGGUUCUUCUUCGGACCGAUAGACUCCGAAGCACAAAACACAGCUGUAGAUGCCACAGGAAAGCGCAAAGCUGCUUCAUUAUUUGAUUCGUUCAAGACUCAAGAGGAUCCUGACUACUGGACACUACCCGAAGAAGUGGAAACGCGGAAUGCCCCCAACUAUUCCCCGGCGAAAGCCUCCAAGCGCACUCGAACGUUCUCCCCUAACGCCACAAAACGAGACCUGGAAACACGUCGACUGGAACGAGAAAAACACAAGCGGCAACGCAGGGCGAAAGAAUUGAGGCACAGAACUGAGAAAGCAUUCCAGAACUUCAUGCACGGAGUAUACGCAGAAGUCCCAAACGCAAACCCGAUGUCGAACCCCGUCUCAGAGUCAGACGAAGAGGAUAGCGAGGACGAGCAAGAUGAGGAGUGCAUAAGAGCUGCUGCGAUCGCGGAAUCCCGGCGGAAAAUGGCUGAACUCGAGGCUGACCGACCACUGUGGCAAGCCGCCGCAAAGUUGCGCGAGCACCGGCAACGAGAAGAUGAGAUCGAGAAGAGGAACGCUCGGGAACGAGAGCGACAGGCGGCGGAAGCGCGGAAGGCAGAACAGGAGCGACAAUCCAGAAUGGAGGAAGAGCGAGCUCGAGCGAGGGAAGAGGCUCGAGUACGUGAAGAACGGGCGAAGAGAGAGAGAGAACGACGAAAGCGCGACGAGCGCUGGGCCUAUGGCUCUUGGUCACCUCUGCGGGCGCUGGACCGAUACCAGGCAUACAGCAAAGUCUUCGAUAGCACGAGAUUCUCUUCUGACGAGCCGCUGACUUUCGAUGUUGUUCCCUGGCCGGAUAUCGAUCCCCCAGGAGACAACUCUUUCGGAAACGUCUCCUGGCGAACAGUGGAAACAUUUUUCAACACUAUCAAGUGCUUCAUACCAAUGAAAGACUAUAUCACUCUUGUCGAUAAGAGCCGGAAACGGUUUCAUCCAGACCGAUGGAGCUCCCGUGGCCUCCUCAAAACGGUCCAAGAUGACGCGGAACGACAAUGUCUUGAGAUUGCCGCGAACACUGUCGCGCAGGCUCUGACCCCACUCUGGCAAGAUAUCACCGACCGUUAAUCUUAUGAGCAUUUAUGGAUAUGUUACUGCUGUAUUUUUAGGCACCAUCCUUGUAUUAGGUCAUCCCAUGCAUCAUUAAUUACCUGCUGAUAAGAUAAGAUUGUAUAGUCACAUACUGUCACGCCCAUCUGAUUGGAACGACGAUGUCGACUCAACCGCUCUUGCAAAGAACAGCGGCCAAGAGGAUCGCGCUUCCCGUCCGCGUGGAACCCAAGGUCUCCUUCGCAAAUGAGCGCACUUUUCUAUCAUGGCUACACUUUACCGUUGUGCUAGGCGGUCUGGCUGUAGGACUCCUCAACUUUGGGGAUAAAGUAGGAAAGAUUAGUGCUGCUAUGUUUUCCGUCAUUGCCAUGGGGAUUAUGGUUUACGCACUGUACGUCUAUCACUGGCGCGCAGCUUCAAUCAGACGCGGAGGACGGGGACCGUAUGACGACAGAAUGGGACCGACCGUGCUAUGCGUGGCAUUGCUGGUCGCCAUCCUGGUUAACUUUGUCCUGCGUUUCACACAACCUUGAGCGAGCCAGUCCUCUUGGAUCGUCCGUCCGUUGCACAACACUAACACGGAUUAUCGUACAAUACACAUCUAGCCAAAUUUAAAAUGAAAAAGCGUCUUCAUCUUCUUUGACGUUUUGUACCAGCACGAGUGGACACUGUAUCGACCGACGAGACGGACAUGGACCUCCUCUGAAAUACUGUCAGACCACGAAAGCAUGCUAACCCCAGAACGCACCUGCUUUCGACUGCGAGCACUCCUUGUACUGACCACACUCUGCGCGCGACCAUCUUCACCUUCGGCAUCAAUCUCUCCGUCCGCAUCGUCAACAUCCAUCGUCGCAUCAUCCAUAUCCUCCGUUUUCGUAGGCGCACUUUCUUGCAUGCCGAGACGGCUCUUCAUCACCUGGAUGUCAUAGUCGACUUUGUCGACGACUUUCUUGGUCUCCACCAGGGUACUCGCAGCGUCCAUCAGAUUUUCGAGGGCGGUUAUGUUGGCUAAAGUUGGCAUAACCAGUCGAGUGUGAGAGACACCCAGUUCUGUGAGGAUCUGUGUGACUUUGGGGGCGAUGUUGGACUUCGGAUAAGGCAUUCUGAAAGAGCGCAAGAAUGCUGGCUGGUGUGCAGCUUUUGUCACAUUGGCAGACGAUGAGGACAGGUCCUGGCGCGUGAUGCAAUGCUGGGCAUCAUAGGCGCUGUUCUUGGGAAUCGUCGGCCUUCGCGAGCUAGACGCAAGUGGUGUCGAGGGGAUAUCAAUGUCCAGGUUCAUCCCCCCUUUCCGCUUGUUGUGGCUGCUGAACUUCAUGUCCGCAUGAAGCUGCGCAAGUUGUACCUCAUCCUCAACGAUGUCAGGCAAACCCGACUCGAUGCCCGCCAGGGUACGGAGAAGAUUAUCUCGGUCGCGUUUGAAACGCCGUUCGUUUUGUUCCAGACGCUUGACCUCGAUGUACAGGGCUUCUUCUUCGGCAAUCUGCUCCUUCGUCCGAUCUUCCAAGCUGGCGAUGUACUUCUUACGCAGUACUUCGCGAUCUGUUCCGUUUGAUAUGGACGGCGAAGAAAACACUCGACAUGGAAUUCACCUUUUUCAAAUGAGAAGCUAGCUAGGAGCGUAUUUUUACUAGCGUCGUCGGAUGCCCAGGGUUGAUUCCGGAUGAGUUUUCGACAGACGCUACAGUAGCGAUCUUUGAGGUCCUGGAGAUUCGUUGGUGGUGCUCGGCAGAAGAUGCGCUAUUUCAACGAACCUCCAUGGACCGUGCGCUGCCUGCCGGAUAGUCAUACCGGUCAUGGAUGACAUACCACCGUGUUUCGUAUUCGUGUACGAUGUUCAUUAGGUAGUCUGUUUCUUCUUUGGUCCAGUCUUUAUCUGUUGGAGAUGAAUAGGCUGGCCGGGUGUCCACAGACGUGAUUGAGCUACCUUCUAACAGCUGUGUGUAUUCAUCGAGAGAGUACGCGAAAGUCGGGCGUUGAACGUUGUAUUUGACGAACUGAUACGCUGCAUUCAUUAAUACGUAGGAAUGGUUGAGAGCGGCGAGACGAACCAUCUUCUGUGGACGCAUCGGAUGCUUUGACCCAGUGCUGAAGCUCAAGAGAGUCGGAGCGUGCACCGUUUUUGAAUGAACGCAGUUCCCUGGUACUCAUAUUGUCUACGACUGAGAGAGGAGAAUUUGGAGGCGCACCAUUUGGAAUUGUUGUUCCCUCCGAGAUUCGGUUUCUGCUUGAGACGCGGUUGUGCGAGCUGUGCGACUAAUGUGGUCGCUGAGGGUCCAAUGAGAGAGAACAAUUCGCGAGAUAUUCCCUCGGGUUUGCGCGUCGUUUGUGCUGCAAUCUUCUUUGACGAAGCUUGCAGGUGUGAAGAGGAGGCGGAGGGCAGUUCCAAGGCCGACCGCACAUCAGCUGAAGAGGCUGCCAUAACGGUCGAGAACAGAAGGAGAUCUAGUGGCAGUGCUCGGAUGCUUGAACUACUGUGACGCAAGUCGCAGCCCAUCACCACUCGUUCUUGCUCCCUCGCUUCGGCCAUCGUGCCCGCCUUCAGCUCAUCUACAUCGGAAGCCGUGGGCUCCCACCGGAUUACUCCCAGUUUCAGCCUCAUCCAAGACUGCUCACUGAGCAAUCGAUUGGCGCUACCCAGAACGCGCUCGAUCCCACGAUGGCGGAAGCAUUACGAAGGACUCGUUCAGUCGGAGACUUGCCUAGGACUCCCGAACCGGCUGUUCUCCACGCAUCCCCAGCUUCUGAGUCUACUGCACGAGACGUCGUGCGCAGUGGAUCCCAAGAAGACUCUGUUCCAGCAUCUCCCGUAGGCGCCCAAGGCCCCGCGCCUGCGGCGGCAACGAUGGCACAUACACCAUACCCCUUGGAUGAUGUCUUCCUAGAACCUAAUCCCAGACUAUCUCACGAGUCCAUGCCGCCUGCAAUCCCUGUUCUCCCAGCAUUGCGGGCGGCUCACAAUCUACCUCUCUACACGCGGAUCAUGACGUUUUUUGGCUACGGGCGCGGGGCAUCUCGAACGCGAAAACAGCUGGUAUCUAUGUGCUACAAUUUGGUUUGGGGUUUCGUUCAAGUCGUGGUCAUCAUUUCGGUUAUUUCGGUUGCAGCUCAUACUGAGAGCAAAACCAUGCCUGGAUUGAAUGAGUGGAAGGCAUGCGAUCGUCCGCUGGGUGUCUGGGCUUGUCUGUAUAUCGUGCGAGUGGUGUACUCGUCGUGUCUAACGUAUUGGGGAUGGAGACGAGAUGUAAAAGCGCACGUUCAGACCAGCGAUCCUGAACACGUUGGGGCUGGGAAUAUAGCCACCUCUGUCACUGCUGUUACGUCAGCGGACUCUGGCAACGGGUCCACUACACCUGCAGCAACGGGCGUAACGUUGCCGCACGUCGCUCUCUACUCGCGCCUUUCUAUCCUGUCGUCCCUGAUAACAUUGAGCUGGUUUCUGACUGCCCACAUUCUGGAAUAUUCCAGUGUACACACGUGUCGGUAUUCUUCGCCCCACAUCUGGUGGUUGACGUUUGGGCUGCUCUGCAUCAUGUACCUGGUUGUGCUGGAGGUGAUCCUGCUCGGCUUCAUCGUCUUUGUGGUCGCGCCAAUUGUUUUCUUAUUCUGGAAUGUAUUCCUCAUGUGUUUGGGACGACAUCCGAUGCAGAACCCCCCAAUCCGACCGGAGAUCGGAAAACUCAGUGCUUCGGUUGUUGAUCGGAUCCCACUGGUUCUUUACAUCCCGCCUCCGCCCGAUGCUCUGCCCGGAAGCAUUCCGCUCCCCCAGUCCGCAUACUCCUACCCUCCCAAGCUCUCCGCCAAGCCGCCUGCGAGGAAACAUCAUUUCAGAUUCCUCCGACGGAAACGAGACCAAACAUCCGACAAAGCUGGGCCAACAGCCAGCCCUGGGGAUGGGAUCCCCGGGACGUGGCAGGAGAACUGGGAGCAGGGGCCCUAUCCCUUCGUCAUCCUCGAGGGGAAUCGUGCAGCGUGCGCUGUUUGCUUAAUGGACUUUGAGGAGCCCAAACGAAUUGCGGACACGGCUUCAUCACAGCCGCAAUCCUCAGAAACUGUUGUGGAGGUUGCACAGCCUCAAUCUGGGAGCACUCUGCGGCUGGAGGAUGCAGGCGAAGGCGCUCAGCCUUUGCGAUUACUCGAAUGUGGUCACGUGUUCCAUAAAACAUGUUUAGACCCGUGGCUGACUGAUGUUUCCGGGCGCUGUCCUGUCUGCCAACGUGCGGUUGAAUUACCCAAGCCGGAUAAGAAGCAGAAAGGCCGGCGCUGAGAACAUGUAUCAUAUCCCGAUGUACCCGAAGUGUCUGUACUAGUAGCAUAAAAUGAAGAAAACACUCAAACACCCUGGACCACGUCAGGAUACGUUUGCGC